AUGUCACUAACCCACCAACUGUCCGCUCCGCCAACAUGCUCGGACUACAACUUGGACACGAGAACGGCGAAAAUCAACUUUGGCGUCUCGGUGCUUAUGACGUUCGGCAUGUUUGCCAGUUACGCCCCGCAGCUGUACAAGAUUGUCAAGCGGAAAAACGCCGAGGGAAUUUCUCCUUCGUUUCUGCUUCUGGGAUCUCUUUCGGGCGGUUUCUUUUUCGCCAAUAUCGCCAUGUUGGCUGACCCGGUAGUACAUUGUUGCAAAAGAGAACUGGACGCCACAGAGUGUCUUUCUGCAUCGCUGGGCGUGAUACAGAUCUUUUUCCAGGCAUCCAUGUUUUACACAAUUCCGAUUUUCUGCCUGAUUUGGGCUAGAAGACAAGCUGACCAGAACCAGUACGAGGAGAUCAAGAGAGUAACGACUCUGGUGACGGCGUCCUUCUUCGUGUCUGCCCUCGUGUGUGUGGUUUCCAAGGUGACGGGCAAGUAUCCCCGGACGAUUGCCGACGUUUUUGGAAUUUUGGCCGCCCUGUUGACAUGUGUGCAGUACCUGCCUCAGAUUUACACCACAUACAAUCUGGGUCACGUGGGCUCGCUUUCCAUCCCGAUGAUGUGUUUACAGACGCCCGGCGGUUUCAUCUGGGCUCUUUCUCUCGCGCUGAGACCCGAGACAAAGUGGUCCACUUGGGCUGUCACUUUUGUAGCCGCCGUCUUGCAGGGUGUUCUUUUGAUCAUGGCUGUUUCGUUUGAGUACAGAGACAAGAAGGUAGACGAGCGAACAGCCCUAUUGAACGGGUCCGUUAACGGUGACGAUGACGAUGACGAUGAGGCGUAG